GGUUUUCCUUGAGGUGUUGUGUUGGUUUUCUCCGCAGGUUGCUACAGUGACAGAAUAUGGGGCGUUUAUAAAAAUCCCAGGCUGCAGGAAACAAGGCCUCGUCCACAAGACUCACAUGUCCUCCUGCCGCGUGGAUAAACCCUCAGAGAUAGUGGACGUUGGGGACAAAGUCUGGGUGAAGCUUAUUGGCAAAGAGGUGAAGGAUGACAAGCUGAAGCUUUCCCUCUCCAUGAAGGUUGUGAACCAAGGCACGGGCAAAGACCUCGACCCCAACAAUGUUUCCCUUGACCAGGAUGAGAGGAAAAAACGCACGUUCAGGGACUACACUAGUCAGAAGAUCACGCUUGAAGCUGUCUUGAACACCGUGUGCAAGAAAUGCGGUUGCAAAGGUCACUUUGCCAAGGAGUGUUUCGUGCAGCCUGGAGGUACCAAAUAUAGCCUCAUCCCAGAAGAGGAGGAAGAGGAGGUGGCAGCAGCAGGAUAUGAGAGAGAGAAAAAGACCAGCACGGCUGAUGAGUCCUCAAAAAAGAGAAAAAAGCCCUGUGGCCUGCCUAUCCCUGGAGAGGGCCAACAGGCAGGAAAGGUG